AUGUCCGACCACAACUCUGCCUCUGAUUCAGAGUCCAACAAACAACCUCCAGCAAAUGAAGAAGAGGUUGCUGUCCUGCAAUCUUACCUCGAGCAAUGGCGCUCUGCUUCUACAUCGGAGCGCAAGAAUAUAUUGAAAGCAGCUACAAUGGAAGCCCGGACGAAAGCACCAGUCAUGUCAAUUGUGCUGUUCAAGGCUCGUAAAGCGACAUAUGAGACAUGGUUCCGCAACCAUGCCAAAGCGAAGAAACCAGGGAAACCCCCGAUCAAGAUGGGGCAGAAAUGGACCGAGAGAAGCGUCAUAGACACACUCCGGAAAAAGGAGCUCUUGAAGAAAAUCGAUGACGAGACUGGUGCCAAACCCGGAACAAAGGAGAUGAUGAACCAUUACACAGUCUACCUAAACCGGCUGAUGGCAUCACUUUCACCGGAAGACCUUCAAGAAGCCAAAGAGACGGCCGAUGAAUGGAAUAGUCAAGGUGUUCCAGACGAUGUCAAAGUCGAGAUCGCGAGAAAGAAGGGCGACGACAUGAUCCGACAUUUUUCAUCGGAGAUGUGGAACCGCGCGGGAAUGAGAGUGUUCGUUUUAUCAGCUUGGAAGGAUGGAGAGAGCAAGGUCCAGGUGGCCGGACAUGACUAUAACCAAGAGUUCGGUGGUGCCGAGUCGUUCAUGAAGAGUUACAACUGGAAAGUGAUUGAGCCAGAAUGGGACGCAUAUGCCGCCAGUGUAUUCGAGGGCGAUGUGGACGAGAAUCCGGUUGCUCGGAAGAAAGGCAGACAGGACAACACGUAUACCCUUCACAUCGGAGAUGAUGGAUAUCCUGUAAUCCCUGAAUACGUAUCCAUGGACUUAGAUACAAAGAAGGCAGUCGUCCGGGCAUUUUUGACAUGGCACUACAGGAAGUGCUGUGGGGACCCUAAAGUUUCUAUACCAUGGAAGUAUGUGAUACCCAGGUACGACAAGAUCAUUCCCGUACAAUAUCUUCCGGAAGGUCACAAUCUCGCCGAGCCAUCAAAGCUAAGGCAGGUCCACGCCACAGAGCUUUUACGAUUUUGGUAUAGGAGACAGGAAGAAGGCAAAGAGCACGUCUUCGAAUUUACAGGAUGGUGGGACAAUGAAAGCCAGGAUAUCGUCCUUGCGACUGACCACAAUAGGCGUGUCACAAGCCGGGCACAGCCAACCACCCAGAUGAAGAAGUCAUCGGGAUCAAAGUCAAAGAAGCAUGGCCAUCAUGGGCAAUCCACAGGUGGACAAUCUUCUGGUAAAAAGGGGAGCAACGAUGAGCCGGCCCCUGCACAUCGUUCCGGAGUCAAGGCAAAGAAGAGCGCCUCAUCUACCACUCCCCGAAACAAGAGCGAGGGAUCUAAGAACAAAAGCACGUCUUCCGACAAGGACAUAAAUCGUAUCGGGACAACCGAUGAGUCCUCUGCCGAACAAUCUGAACAAUCGGAUGAUGAUGUACUGCCCUCACGGACAGGAAGGCAGUUGAAGGGGAGGAAGUCGCAUACGGGGUUGCCGAGGCACCACUACCGAGCGUCUGUCAUGAGUAGCAAUGACUCUGACAGUGAGGUCGAACAGAAUCUCCCUCAAAAGGCCCUUGCACCUUCAGACAAACAUGUCAAGAUGGAUAUGGUAAAACAUAGCAAGGCUCAGAUCCUCGAUAUCAGCUCGACGGAUAGCAGCACGAUAGAUGGUGUCAAACAAACUGCAAAGUUUACUGCACGCGAGGGAUCUAAAUCCAUCGUCACACGACCGGUGAUACCACCCGCCCGCACUGGUCGGACCAGCCUCCCGGUCUGGCGGCGCCGCACCCGGCUACCGGGCGAAUGCCAGUCACGUGGAAUCCGCAUCAACAAGGACAGCUGA